AUGAACCACACAUCAGACGACCAGGGCUCCUCCAAGGGCAAGGCCCCCAGCUCCGGCAAUGGCGGUUUCCGGGCCCAAGCAAACAUGAAGGUCGAACCCCCGAAGCCCGAGGACCUGCAACGCAGCUACGCCAGCAUCGUCGAGGAGGUCCACUAUCCGGGCUGGUAUGGCGCCAUGAUCAACUGUCUCGGCGAGGUUAUCGGCACCCUGGGAGCCAUUCCCUGCUGCAUCUGCUGCCCCAACCCCUUCAAGAAGGUCAACCAGGGCAACGUCGGCCUCGUCACCAAGUUCGGCCGCUUCUACAAGGCCGUCGACCCCGGGCCUCUCGGCCAGCAGACUUGCAUGACCAAGGAUAAUGUGACUCUACACCUGACAAGUGUCAUCUACUACCACAUCGUCUCGCCCCACAAGGCCGCUUUCGGCAUCUCCAACAUCCGCCAAGCCCUAAUUGAGCGGACCCAGACGACGCUCCGCCACGUCGUGGGCGCUCGCGUGCUCCAGGACGUGAUCGAGCGUCGGGAAGAGGUUGCCCAGAGCAUCGGCGAGAUCAUUGAGGAUGUCGCCACUGGCUGGGGGGUCCAGGUCGAGAGCAUGCUCAUCAAGGACAUCAUUUUCAGCCAGGAACUUCAGGAGUCGCUCUCCAUGGCCGCUCAGAGCAAGCGGAUCGGAGAGAGCAAGAUCAUUGCCGCAAAGAGCAGAUCCGCCAAGCUGAUGCGUCAGGCCGCCGACAUCCUGUCGUCCGCGCCGGCCAUGCAGAUCCGCUACCUCGAGGCGAUGCAGGCCAUGGCUAAGAGCGCCAACAGCAAGGUUAUCUUCCUGCCCGCCGCCAACCAGACCAUGCCCAACUCGGCCGCUAUGAACGCCGCUAUCGCCAACAACAGCGACCCCUUUGCCGAGGGCAGCAGCUCCGCCGAGCAUGGCGGCGACCCGGGCUUCCAGCAGGCCAUGAACGCCAGGGUGAUUGAGAACAUCUGA